AGGAGGAGGCAGCGGAGAGGAGGGAGGCGUGUGCGCCGCCGAGCCGCGCUCCAUCCCCAGAGCUCGCUCCUUCCCCAGCUCGGCUGCUCCCGCCUGGUAGUGCCCAGGCUCCCCACGCCAGCAUGGCCCUGCUCGUCCACCUCAAGACGGUCUUGGAGCUGCGGGGCAGAGGCGACCGGAUCGCCAAAGUGACUUUCCGAGGGCAAUCCUUCUACUCCCGGGUGCUGGAGAACUGUGAGGAUGUGGCUGACUUCGAUGAGACCUUCCGGUGGCCAGUGGCCAGUAGCAUCAACAGCAAUGAGAUGCUUGAGAUUCAGAUCUUCAACUACAGCAAAGUCUUCAGCAACAAGCUCAUCGGGACAUUCCGUAUGGUGCUGCAGAAGGUGGUGGAGGAGAGCCACGUGGAGGUGACCGACACGCUGAUUGAUGACAACAAUGCGAUCAUCAAGACCAGGCUGUGCGUGGAGGUCCGAUAUCAGGCCACAGACGGCACGGUGGGCUCCUGGGAUGAUGGGGACUUCCUUGGAGAUGAGUCCCUUCAAGAGGAAGAGAAGGACAGCCAGGAGACAGAUGGGCUGCUCCCCGGCUCCCGCCCCAGCUCCCGGCCACCGGGCGAGAAGAGCUUCCGGAGCAAAGGCAGAGAGAAGACCAAGGGAGGCAGAGAUGGCGAGCACAAAGCCGGGAGAAGCGUGUUCUCCGCCAUGAAGCUCGGCAAGAACCGGCCUCACAAGGAAGAACCCCAAAGACAAGAUGAACCAGCAGUGCUGGAGAUGGAGGACCUUCUUCCUGCCCCCUCUAGCCCUCUGCCCCAGCCCCUGACUCCAACAGGACCAGCUCCAAGCCUCGGCAGGUUUCCCUCUCACCCACCACUCUCACCUGCGCAGGUCAGCAUCACUGUGAUCGAGGCUCGGCAGCUGGUGGGCUUGAACAUGGACCCCGUGGUGUGCGUGGAGGUUGGGGAUGACAAGAAGUACACAUCCAUGAAGGAGUCUACUAACUGCCCCUACUACAAUGAGUACUUCGUCUUUGACUUCCACGUCUCUCCUGAUGUCAUGUUCGACAAAAUCAUCAAGAUCUCGGUGAUUCACUCCAAGAACCUGCUGCGCAGUGGCACCCUCGUGGGGUCCUUCAAGAUGGACGUGGGAACCGUGUACUCCCAGCCUGAGCACCAGUUCCACCAUAAGUGGGCCAUCCUGUCGGAUCCUGAUGACAUCUCUGCGGGGCUGAAGGGCUAUGUGAAGUGCGAUGUCGCCGUGGUGGGCAAGGGGGACAACAUCAAGACGCCCCACAAGGCCAAUGAGACGGACGAGGAUGACAUCGAGGGGAACUUGCUGCUCCCCGAGGGGGUGCCCCCCGAACGCCAGUGGGCCCGGUUCUAUGUGAAAAUUUACCGAGCAGAGGGGCUGCCCCGCAUGAACACAAGCCUCAUGGCCAACGUGAAGAAGGCUUUCAUCGGUGAGAACAAGGAUCUGGUUGACCCCUACGUGCAAGUCUUCUUUGCUGGCCAGAAGGGCAAGACCUCAGUGCAGAAGAGCAGCUACGAGCCGCUGUGGAAUGAGCAGGUGGUUUUUACAGACCUGUUCCCCCCACUCUGCAAGCGCAUGAAAGUGCAGAUCCGGGACUCAGACAAGGUCAAUGACGUGGCCAUCGGCACCCACUUCAUUGACCUGCGCAAGAUUUCCAACGACGGAGACAAAGGCUUCCUGCCCACGCUGGGCCCUGCCUGGGUGAACAUGUACGGCUCCACACGCAACUACACGCUACUCGAUGAGCACCAGGACCUGAACGAGGGCCUGGGGGAGGGCGUGUCCUUCCGCGCCCGCCUCAUGCUCGGCCUGGCGGUGGAAAUCCUGGACACCUCCAACCCUGAGCUCACCAGCUCCACGGAGGUGCAGAUGGAGCCGGCCACGCCCAUCUCGGAGAGCUGUACAGGGAAGGUGGAAGAAUUCUUUCUAUUUGGAGCCUUCCUGGAGGCCUCAAUGAUCGACCGGAAAAACGGAGACAAGCCCAUCACCUUUGAGGUCACCAUAGGCAACUAUGGGAAUGAAGUUGAUGGCCUGUCAAGACCCCAGCGGCCUCGGCCUCGGAAGGAGCCAGGGGACGAGGAGGAAGUUGAUCUGAUCCAGAACUCAAGUGAUGACGAGACUGACGAGGCUGGGGACCUAGCCUCAGUCUCCUCCACCCCACCCAUGCGGCCCCAGAUCACUGAUAGGAACUACUUCCAUCUGCCCUACCUGGAGCGCAAGCCCUGCAUCUACAUCAAGAGCUGGUGGCCGGACCAGCGGCGCCGCCUCUACAACGCCAACAUCAUGGACCACAUUGCAGACAAGCUGGAAGAGGGCCUGAAUGAUGUGCAGGAGAUGAUCAAAACGGAGAAGCCCUACCCUGAGCGUCGACUGCGGGGCGUCCUGGAGGAGCUGAGCUGUGGCUGCUGCCGUUUCCUCUCGCUUGCUGACAAGGACCAGAGCCACUCGUCCCGCACCAGGCUAGACCGAGAGCGCCUCAAGUCCUGCAUGCGGGAGCUGGAGAGCAUGGGGCAGCAGGCGAAGACCCUGCGGGCACAAGUGAAGCGGCACACUGUGCGAGACAAACUGAGGCUGUGCCAGAACUUCCUGCAGAAGCUGCGCUUCCUGGCAGACGAGCCCCAGCACAGCAUCCCCGACGUCUUCAUCUGGAUGAUGAGCAACAACAAGCGCAUCGCCUACGCCCGGGUGCCCUCCAAGGACCUGCUCUUCUCCAUCGUGGAGGAGGAGCUGGGCAAGGACUGCGCCAAAGUCAAGACCCUCUUCCUCAAGCUGCCGGGGAAGCGGGGCUUCGGCUCGGCGGGCUGGACAGUGCAAGCCAAGCUGGAGCUCUACCUGUGGCUGGGCCUCAGCAAGCAGCGCAAGGACUUCCUGUGUGGCCUGCCCUGCGGCUUCGAGGAGGUCAAGGCGGCCCAGGGUUUGGGCCUGCACUCCUUCCCACCCAUCAGCCUGGUCUACACCAAGAAGCAGGCCUUCCAGCUCCGCGCCCACAUGUACCAGGCUCGGAGCCUCUUUGCCGCCGACAGCAGUGGCCUCUCAGACCCCUUCGCCCGCGUCUUCUUUAUCAACCAGAGUCAGUGCACAGAGGUGCUGAAUGAGACCCUGUGCCCCACCUGGGACCAGAUGCUGGUAUUCGACAACCUGGAGCUCUAUGGCGAAGCUCAUGAGUUGAGGGACGACCCCCCUAUUAUUGUCAUUGAAAUCUAUGACCAGGACACCAUGGGCAAAGCCGACUUCAUGGGCCGGACCUUUGCCAAGCCCCUGGUGAAGAUGGCCGACGAGGCAUACUGCCCACCCCGCUUCCCGCCCCAGCUCGAGUACUACCAGAUCUACCGUGGCAACGCCACAGCGGGGGACCUGCUGGCCGCCUUCGAGCUGCUGCAGAUUGGACCAUCAGGGAAGGCCGACCUGCCACCUAUCAAUGGUCCAGUGGACAUGGACCGAGGUCCCAUCAUGCCUGUGCCCAUGGGCAUCCGGCCCGUGCUCAGCAAGUACCGGAUUGAGGUGCUGUUCUGGGGCCUGCGAGACCUGAAGCGGGUGAACCUUGCCCAGGUGGACCGGCCACGGGUGGACAUCGAGUGUGCGGGGAAGGGGGUGCAGUCGUCCCUGAUCCACAAUUACAAGAAGAACCCCAACUUCAACACCCUCGUCAAGUGGUUUGAAGUGGACCUCCCGGAGAACGAGCUCCUGCACCCGCCCUUGAACAUCCGCGUGGUGGACUGCCGGGCCUUCGGCCGCUACACCCUGGUGGGCUCCCACGCCGUCAGCUCCCUGCGGCGCUUCAUCUACCGGCCCCCAGACCGCUCGGCCCCCAGCUGGAACACCACGGGUACGGUUGUGGUGAACAUGGAGCCGGAGGUGCCGGUCAAGAAGCUGGAGACCAUGGUGAAGCUGGAUGCGACUUCUGAUGCGGUCAUCAAAGUGGAUGUGGCUGAUGAGGAGAAGGAGAAGAAGAAGAAGAAGAAGGGCAGCUCAGAAGAGAUGGAGGAGGAGGAGCCGGAUGAAAGCAUGCUGGACUGGUGGUCCAAGUACUUCGCCUCCAUCGAUACCAUGAAAGAGCAACUUCGACAGCAAGAGGCCUCAGGAAUUGACUUGGAGGAGAAAGAGGAGAUGGACAACACUGAGGGCCUGAAGGGGCUGAUGAAGGGCAAGGAGAAGGCAAGGGCUGCAAAGGAGGAGAAGAAGAAGAGAACCCAGAGCCUGGGCCCUGGUCAGGCGUCUGAGGCCCCCGAGAAGAAGAAACCCAAGAUUGAUGAGCUCAAGGUGUACCCCAAGGAGCUGGAGUCAGAGUUCGACAACUUCGAGGACUGGCUGCACACUUUCAACCUGCUGCGAGGCAAGACGGGGGAUGACGAGGACGGCUCGACUGACGAGGAGCGCAUCGUUGGCCGGUUCAAGGGCUCCCUCUGCGUGUACAAAGUGCCCCUCCCAGAGGACGUGUCUCGGGAAGCCGGCUAUGACCCUACCUAUGGCAUGUUCCAGGGCAUCCCCAGCAAUGAUCCCAUCAGCGUGCUGGUCCGAGUCUAUGUGGUCCGGGCCACAGACCUGCACCCUGCAGACAUCAAUGGCAAAGCCGACCCCUACAUCGCCAUCCGGCUGGGCAAGACUGACAUCCGUGACAAGGAGAACUACAUCUCCAAGCAGCUCAACCCUGUCUUUGGGAAGUCCUUUGACAUCGAGGCCUCCUUCCCCAUGGAAUCCAUGCUGACAGUGGCCGUGUACGACUGGGAUCUGGUAGGCACUGACGACCUCAUCGGGGAAACCAAGAUUGACCUGGAGAACCGCUUCUACAGCAAGCACCGCGCCACCUGUGGCAUCGCCCAGACCUACUCCACACAUGGCUACAAUAUCUGGCGGGACCCCAUGAAGCCCAGCCAGAUCCUGACCCGCCUCUGCAAGGAGGGCAAAGUGGACGGCCCCCACUUCGGGCCCCCUGGGAGAGUGAAGGUGUCCAACCGCGUCUUUACAGGACCCUCCGAGAUCGAGGACGAGAACGGUCAGAGGAAGCCCACGGAGGAGCACGUGGCGCUGUUGGCCCUGAGGCACUGGGAAGACAUCCCCCGUGUGGGCUGCCGCCUGGUGCCCGAACACGUGGAGACGCGACCACUGCUCAACCCUGACAAGCCGGGCAUCGAGCAGGGCCGCCUGGAGUUGUGGGUGGACAUGUUUCCCAUGGACAUGCCAGCUCCUGGGACACCUCUGGACAUCUCCCCACGGAAGCCCAAGAAGUACGAGCUACGGGUCAUUGUGUGGAAUACAGAUGAGGUGGUCCUGGAGGAUGAUGACUUCUUCACCGGGGAGAAGUCCAGUGACAUUUUUGUGCGGGGGUGGCUGAAGGGUCAGCAGGAAGACAAGCAGGACACGGACGUCCACUACCACUCCCUCACCGGCGAGGGCAACUUCAACUGGCGCUACCUGUUCCCCUUCGACUACCUGGCUGCCGAGGAAAAGAUUGUCAUCUCCAAGAAGGAGUCCAUGUUCUCCUGGGACGAGACCGAAUACAAGAUCCCCGCGCGGCUCACCCUGCAGAUCUGGGAUGCUGACCACUUCUCUGCCGAUGACUUCCUGGGGGCCAUUGAGCUGGACCUGAACCGGUUCCCGCGGGGCGCAAAAACGGCCAAGCAGUGCACCAUGGAGAUGGCCACAGGGGAGGUGGACGUGCCCCUGGUCUCCAUCUUCAAGCAGAAGCGCGUCAAAGGCUGGUGGCCCCUCCUGGCCCGCAAUGAGAACGAUGAGUUUGAGCUCACGGGCAAGGUGGAGGCGGAGUUGCAUCUACUCACUGCUGAGGAGGCAGAGAAGAAUCCAGUGGGCCUGGCCCGCAAUGAACCUGACCCCUUAGAGAAACCCAACCGGCCCGACACAGCCUUCGUCUGGUUCCUCAACCCCCUCAAGUCCAUCAAGUACCUCAUCUGCACGCGCUACAAGUGGCUCAUCAUCAAGAUCGUGCUGGCGCUGCUGGGGCUGCUCAUGCUGGCCCUCUUCCUCUACAGCCUGCCCGGCUACAUGGUCAAGAAGCUCUUGGGGGCGUGAAGGCCCCGUGGCCUCCCUGCGGCGCACCUCCUGGGCUGGUGCGUUCGCCCCUCCUCUGGCGUGGAGGCCUCGGGUCUCAGGGGCCUUGGUCCUGCUGGCUGGGCUGAUGACGCCCCCUCCCUGCCUGUCCUCAUCACCUGAGCCUGCUGCUGGCCCAGUCCCAGCUCCCGGACCCUGCCUGCAGGGUGGGGAGUGUGGGGAGGGGCGGGGGCUGCACCAUGUUGCAGAGGCCCCCGAGGAGGCUGCCCCAAACCCUCCCCCUGGCCUACCAGUUGAGCACCAAAGCUUUAAUGAAAUUAACCAAGAAUCCUGUCAGGGGCCAGUGCCCAGGGCUUUAAAAAGAAUGAACAAACAAAAAGCAUCACCCUCCUGUCCCCAGACAGAAUCUUGCAAGGACAGCCGACGCCAGCAGUCUGGGCUCUGCAGAAGCGGACCAGACCCUUUGCCCUAGCCCCGGGGGGUGGCCUCUUCCCCGGCUGCUCCUCUCUGCCCAGCAGCCUCAGCGCUGGGGGCUCAAGCCCAGUCCCUGCGCAGUUUCUGGGUUUUCCCCGCUUCCCAGUGCUGCAGGCCUGGCCCAGGAGCAGUAAGCGUGAACCCCAUGCACCACCCACCCCAAACCCCCACCAGGUCACCUCCACCAUGCCCUCCUCGCCCCAGAGGGCCCGCCCCUCCAGCCCUCCGGGUGCAGCUGGGAGUUUGUACUUGAAGUGCUGCCCCCUGCCUGCGUGAGCUGGGUUUCUCUUGGCUGUUUUUCCUUUCUUGAGUGGUGAUUUUUCUCUCAAUAAAAGAAAUCAAAC